AGUACGCGCGGCAGCGGCUGACCGUUGCUAAGGGUUGAGGUGAAGCUGCCGACUGCCUGGGGCUGAGCCAUGCAUCGCCAUGCCGUCCGUGCUGCGAUCGGAGCAGCUCCUCUGUAGAUACUGAAAGGCCACUCUCAGUUCUCCCCAGAACCUUUUCUUCUCCAGGCUGAAGAGCUCUAGCCCUCACAGCCUGUUCUUGCAGAGGAGGUGUUCCAUCCUUUCAAUUUGCAUUUUUGCAAAUGUCAGUUCUGACAUCUGUGAGAUAAGUCUCAGAGCCUUGCAGGAACUCCAGGCUAAAGGUCACUGUUGUGUGUGAAGAAAAUCAUAGACUACAAAUAUGGGAAAGAAACGCACCAAAGGCAAAACUGCACAGGCUGAUGAGUCUCUGGAUAUAGUGGAGCCUGUAUGCAAGCAUAUUCGUAAAGGACUGGAACAAAGUCAUCUGAAAAAGGCACUGCUGAAUGUGGAAUGGCAUGUUUGUCAGGACUGCAAGGCAGCCAACAAGACACAAGAGAAUGAGGAAGAGACUGAUGAAAGCCCUCCAAUAUGGUUAUGUCUAAAAUGUGGCCAUAGGGGCUGUGGCAGAAAUUCUCAAGAGCAGCAUGCUUUAAAGCAUUACACAACGCCAAGAUCAGAUUCCCAUUGUUUGGUUCUCAGUUUGGACAACUGGAGUGUGUGGUGCUACGUAUGUGAUAAUGAAGUUCCAUACAGCACUUCAACGCGUUUGGGCCAGACUGUGGAUUAUAUUAAAAAACAAGUUUGUGUCAGCUCAUCACGUUUAGCAGAAAAGCAACAAGAGAACAAAGAUGUUGGAAUUGAAAAAGUAGAAAAAGACAGCAGAAAUGAGCAAGAAAAAGAAGUCUUGCUGAAAGAGAGUUCUCAUUCCAGUACCAACUCUGAAAACUCUGAAGUGACUGUGAAAGGACUUAGUAACUUGGGGAAUACAUGUUUCUUUAACGCAGUGAUGCAGAAUUUAUCACAGACCCCAGUCCUGAGGGAGCUGCUUAAAGAAGCUAAAAUGCCUGACACAACAGUUAAGAUUGAGUCACCUGAGUUGUCCAUGGAACCUCAGCUGGUAAAACUAGAUCAGCCAGGUCCUUUGACUUUAGCCAUGCAUCAAUUCCUGACAGAAAUGCAAGAGACAAAGAGAGGGGUAGUCACUCCUAAGGAACUUUUUGCUCAGGUUUGUAAAAAAGCAAUACGAUUUAAAGGUUAUCAGCAGCAAGAUAGUCAGGAAUUGCUUCGGUACUUACUUGAUGGAAUGAGAGCAGAAGAAAUACAACGAAUAAGUGUUGGAAUACUGAAGGCUCUGACUGAUUCAGACAACCAAAAUGAAGAAGAACUGAGAAGGAAAAUUAAAGAAUAUGAGAAGAAGAAGGGAAUAAAAAGUUUCGUAGAUCGGAUCUUUGGUGGCGAGCUAACCAGUGCGAUUAUGUGUGAGGAAUGCAGAACAGUAUCCUUGGUCCAUGAAUCUUUCCUUGAUUUGUCGCUUCCUGUACUAGAUGAUCAGAAAACAAAAAAUACAAAUGAGAGGAACGUAAAAAAAAAUAAAGGAAAGGAAUCUGAAGAGGAAGAAGAAGGUAAAAACAAUGAUUAUUAUAUUAAGCAGAGAGAUGAGCCCCCUGGUACAAGUAAGCACCUUCAGAAGAAAGCAAAGAAACAGGCCAAAAAACAAGCCAAGUGCCAGCGCCGCCAGCAAAAACUCCAGGGAAAGGUACUUCAAUUGACAGAGAUCUGUGCUACUGAAGAGUCAGAAAAAGAUGUAGCAUGUGACCAGGAAGGAGAGGCAGAAAUUAACUCUGAAAUUCCUGAUGUGAAGCAGGAAGAGGAGUCAUCAAAUGAUUGCAAAGAUGACUACUUAACUCAAAAUGACUUAAAUAUACAGGAAAAUAGUACAGAUGUUCAAAGCAUGCAUGAAAGCACAGGAAAGCCAGAGCAAGAAUGUGUAGAAAAGGAGUCUAUAGGGGAUCUCCCCACAGAAGACUUAGAUUCUCCUGUAGAGUUUGUCAAUGGCCUUGACGACUUAUCUUUGAAAGAUGAAGAUGAAGAAAAUGAAGAUGAAGAAGGGCUUGCUGCUGACUUUUCAAAACUACACUUGGGUGCCAGUGCUGAAUUGGAUAUAAACGUUAUAGAUGACCUUCAAACUGUUCCAGCCAAGACAUGUGAAAUAUUGACCGAAGAUGCAGAAAUGGCGUUUCGUACUCUUGCUAGCAGGGAAGACCUGAACCCAGAAGAAGGCUCAAUCCAUCACUGUUUGUAUCAAUUUACCCGUAAUGAAAAACUUAGUGAGAACAAUAGACUGCUGUGUGAUGUAUGUACACAAAGACGUUAUGGACCAAAGAACGCAAAAAAUGAAAAGCAUGUUUAUACUAAUGCCAAAAAGCAAAUGCUGAUUUCUCUUGCUCCUCCAAUUUUAACUCUUCACUUAAAGAGAUUCCAGCAGGCUGGAUUUAACCUACGGAAGGUUAACAGGCAUAUCAAGUUUCCAGAAGUAAUAGACUUGGCUCCUUUCUGUACAGUUAAAUGUAAAAAUGUGGCUGAAGGGAAUACCAAAGUAUUAUACUCCCUCUAUGGAGUUGUUGAACACAGUGGAACAAUGAGGUCUGGGCACUACACUGCUUAUGCUAAAAUGAGAAAUAUGAACAACCAUCUUUCUGAUCUUGUCCUUCAAGGACAACCUCCUCAAGCUUUAGAAACUGAACCAAUAAAAGGACAGUGGUUCCACAUCAGUGAUACCCAUGUACAAGCUGUGUCUACGUCAAAAGUGCUGAGCUCACAAGCCUAUCUUCUGUUCUACGAGCGACUGCUGUAACUCCUCCAAGAUGUCUUCUUGGGCCGUAACCACCGUCAGCACCCUAAAAGAAGGCAGGAACAAGCAAAUCCUAUUAACAUGGUAGAGCUACUGUAUGCAACUGCAAGAGUAUACUUAGUGCUUCUUAGACACGCUGGCACAUGGUUAACUUAUACUUUUUCCAGUGUUUUCACUACUUAUAAAUAAAGAACUUUUUUUCUUUUUCUUCAAAAUUA